AUGUUGGCAGAUCCUUCGGCCAUGUCAGAUCCACUUCCACCCCUGCCGUGGAUGUUGCUUCUCUGCGACGGUACGGCAAUCCGAAUUACCGCACUCGUCCCGUCUACCUCACCCAACCAUCUCAGUGUCCUAACGCUGUGCUGCCAAUUUUGCCAGAUUUUGCUUCUUCUGAGUUUGUAUGUCCCUGUACCGACCGAGUAUCGUGAUCUCACUCCCGAGCUCUGCCUCGAUGGGCCGACAACGACCGUUAUGGAGUACUUGACAGGACCAAACCCAGCAGUCGAUCUGGUUGAUAAGGUCUCCACAAGCAUUGGCCACCAUAUGCAUUGCUGGUGGGACAUCCGAAAUCUGGUAGAUUGGGAAGACUUCAGCCUCGACACCAUCGUGGCUAUUCCUGAUUUCUCUUACAGCGAAGAAAGCUCCGGCCUUCUCAACGUUCCCAUUCCAGCUGCGGCGCUCCCGAAACCACAUGGCAGUCAGUCAAUAGUCCAACCCUCCAACGAACGCGGCCUUCAAGACGUCAUUACCACAUUCUACGCCGCCAAAAUCAACGCUGCCCUCAAGACCUGCCAAGGCCACCAACAUUACAUCACCAUGGUCCCGCAGCGCAACAGAGAAGAUGGCCCAUUCUAUGUUUCUGCCUACGCCAACGAUGAGACCCACGCGCUCGGCCGUGGCCGUGUCGUCGGCCUCGUCAAGACGUACGAGGUCUGGAACAGCAGCAUGAGCAAGGAAAAGAACAGCAAGCAAACGCUCUACCUCGCCGGCCUCUCCCAUCUGCACCGCCUGCUGCGCGAAAGCAACACCCGCUACGGCUUCAUCAUGACGGAAAUCGAACUCGUCUGCGUGCGCAUGGGCACCGAAGAAGGCAAAGCCCUACUUCGGCUACCUCGAACUCGCGCCGCCCGUCCGCCUGAGCGAGCAGACGGGCCUGACGGCCUGCCUGGCGCUGUGGUACCUCCACAUGCUGGCCGGGGACGCCCCGUUGGAGGGCCAGCGCGGCUACCGGAUCGACGUCGGCCCGCCGGGUCCGCCGCCCGGCAGCAGCGGUCUGCUGUCGAGGCAGCACGUGCGGAAGCCGGGGCCCGAGGGACGGGACGGGUGGAUGCAGCGCGUCCAGGAGGGCGAGAAGAGGUCGGCGAGGCGGACCCGGGGCUGGGUCUUCCCCGAGGAACCCUUCUCGAUCAAGGAGAGACAGGCGAUGAAGGCCGGGAGGUAAGGAGGCGGUUUUCCGGGGGAAGGGUCCCGGGCUCGGCUGGUCCGGGCUUGGGGUCCGAUCCGGUGGUUGAUCCACCGGUCUACGAUUCAAUUAAUCUUUGUUUGUUUGUUUGUUUGCUUGCUUGCAUGCAUAGCGAUGGAGUUUGCAUGGAUGCCAUACCCAUGGGUUUGGAGCAUUCACUUGGGGGCGUCGGGGCAUGGAUGUGUCCUCGGUCACGCAUUCCAUGUGGCGUGAACCUCGCUGGAAACGCGAUUUCAUUUACCUAUCCAUUCAACCUUUUACCGUGCAUAUCAUCGCUUCAUGCCUUUUAUCUCCGUAUCGAGCAUUUGCACAGGAUUGGAGCAUUUGUCGGAGUAUGA